AUGCCUAAGCUCCCGGCGUUUGCCUUUGACAUCGAUGGCGUGCUUCUUCGUGGUCGCAAAGCGAUUCCCCAGGCGAAAGCAGCCCUCCUGCUCCUUCAAUCUCACCAAGUGCCGUUUAUUUUGAUGACUAAUGGUGGGGGGAUGACGGAAGCCAAACGAACGAAAAUGGUCGCCGACGAAAUCGGAGUGGCCAUCCACGAGUCGCAAUUGGUCCAAUCGCAUACUCCGAUUAAAGGGAUGCCGUUUGACAAGCUGGAAAGAGUGCUUGUCGUCGGGGGCCACGGGGAUAGUGCUCGCGAGUGUGCGGAGAGUUAUGGGUUUAAAGACGUGGUUUUGCCCGUUGAUCUCGUCAGUUUGAAGCCGCUGAUUCUGCCUCACCAUGCCAUUUCACCUCACAAUUUACAGGCGUGGCUGAGGGACAUUUCGUCGCUGAUCAAACGGCCAUUUCUGGCAGUAAUGGUGUUUAACGACCCCAGAGACAUGAAUACCGACAUGCAGAUUAUCCAGGACGUGCUCAAUUCGGAGGGGGGUGUCAUUGGCACUGUCAGACGUCAGCGGAGCGGGGAACCGACAGUGCCGAUCAUUUUCUCCAAUAACGACUUUGUGUGGGCCAACGACUACCCCGUGCCGCGGUUCGGCCAGGGGAUGCUCCGCAUGUGUGUGGAACGCGUAUACUAUGAGCUUAAUCAACAAGGGUUAAAGCUGACGAUCUUGGGGAAGCCGUUCAAAGUACAGUAUGACUACGCGCUGAAAGUAUUGGCUUCCUUGGGAGUCAAAGGGGACCAAAAUGUGUACAUGGUGGGCGACAACCCUGCCAGUGACAUUUUAGGAGCUAAUAGCUACGGGUGGCGGCUGAUGCUUGUGCGUACCGGUGUGUUUAGGGAUGAAGACGCCGAGUACGCCGAGGCGUUACCCUCUGACGGCAUCCACGAUAACGUGUUGGAAGCCGUCGAACACGCCCUCAAAGCCGAGGGGGUGUAA